GAACAUAUGACAAAGAACGGCGGGCUCCCGUCGCGACCGACGACGGCGACAUCCUCGCGACGACGACGACGUGAAGGACGCGUACACCGCGGCACCGCUGAUCGCCGUCGUUAACCGCCGCCCGCCGGCGGCCGCGUCGUCGCCAAGUCGUCCUACCCGGUGCAACGUGCGGCGGCGGGACGACAGGAGAGGAAAUUCUCGCGUGUGGGAGUUCUCGCGGACAGGUGAGUCGAGGUCGUCGAAGUCGGGAGAGCACGCGCCGAGAGACCGUCCCGCGUCCUCUGUGUUGCCGUGUCUGCCGCCGUCGUCGUCGCCGCCGUUGCCGCCGCCGCCGUCGUCCGUGGCCCACCGUGUCCGUCUCCGCGACAGUGGUGAUAUAGCGCGGCGCAGCGGGGGAGCCAUGACUACGCGUGGAGAAUGGGCUCGAUCGCGUCGGUGUUGCAGUGGCAUUGCUCGGAGUGCGCUCUGAUAAACCCGACGGAGAGCGCGAGAUGCGCCAGGUGCGGGCUGACGCGGCUCAGGAGCGACGAGAGGGCCAGCCACGGCAGGCUCGCGACCACCAGCAGCGCGGAGCGUAGCGGAGGUAGCGCGCCGCGGCGAGAGGCUGCGGGGGCCCGACAGCCAACGAGGAGGAGGCGCGACGACGAUCCACCGCGGGGCAACGGAUCCUCCUCCGAGGAAUCGACACCGCCGACGCCGCCGCCGAGGACCGACAGGUUGGCGCGCAACCCGAUUACGGAUGACGACUUGACGUCGUCCUUUCCUGCCACCGACGCCGGCCAGUGCAGCGAGGCCCGACGCGCCGCCGCUGCUCGCGGUUUCGAGAGGUCCUUGUCCGAUGUCAGGAAGAAUUUGCACCGCGGCUCCUGGGCCGGGACCUCGUCCGACAGAGAACCGUUGAAGCGCUCGGCGUCUCUGCCCUCUUUAGCCUCGCAAUGGACUUGCAUUCGAUGUCUGUUGGACAAUAGCUGCAGCUCGUUGAUUUGCGCUGCUUGUGAUGCUAGUUCGUCGAUAGCUCAAACUGACAGGAGGCAGAUCGGCGCGCGCAAGAGUAAGAAGAUCAAUCUGCACAAGGAGAAUCGCUUCAAAGUCACCUCGGGACUUCUGGCCCAUGUCUUAGAUGGGGGUGCUGGUACAAGCGGCUUUGGUAACGAUGUUAAAAUUAAUAAUACAGGCAUGGCACAGUUGACGAGUAUAAGUCGGAACGAACGCGAGAGAGCGGAGCACAAAGACUGGAUCCUGCCGUCAAUUGGAGCGAUGGAGUCCACGACGCUUCCGUUCGCAGACAACACCGAUACCUCCCAGCGUUCCCCGAAGCGGCACAGUCCCUCCAUGUACGAACGAGUGAAGUCGAAAGUCAGUCGUUCCCUGUCGAACGGCUCGGUCGUUCAGAAACUCUCGGAGCACGCCGUGCAGAGACCCACGAGCCUGGUGGUGCCUGAGACGCGUCAGGACGACGGCCUGUGGAGCUGCGACAAUUGCACGCUGGACAAUGCACCCGGCCUGGAGCAGUGCGAAGCGUGCGACGCUCCCAGGAGCCCGGCACCCUGCAGCGGAGUGGUUAUCAGCGUGCCGGCCUGGGUACCGCGCGCGUUAUCGUCUGCCGGUCCCCUGUCUUAUCGGAGAUCCUUCUCCGAUGUGGACUCGGUCGCUGGCGUCGCGCAGAAGAAGACCGUCAACCGUAGGAGUCUGAACGACGAGGAGCCGCCCGCGGUGCCGCCACAUUCCAUUGGCUUCAACACGAGACCAAAGUAUUCCUACAUCGGGAUCACGGAUCCCGACAUACCGCCGCCGUUGCCAAAGAAACAGAACAGCAAGUUGGUGCCGACGAAGGCGCACAGCGAGGCGACCAGUCCGGUGGGCGACGUGCCGAGCGUCAGCCCGCUCAAGCGCAUGUGGACUUGCAGGAAGUGUUCUUAUGCGUACAACCCGCUCUGGUCGGGUGGCUGCGACAUCUGCGGCUCGUCCAGGUCGCCGCCGUCGUUGACGCAGCCCAGCCUGAUCACCGUCACCAAGGACACCAGCAGCUACCCGACGCACGCACAAUCCCCGAUCGUGGUGACGGGCGACAGUGUUCGAUACAUCCCACCUAAGUCGGCCACCCUGGCCACUGCGGAGUCCGACUUGGACGAGCAGAUCGACCCGCCGUCGCCGGUGUGGACGUGCAAAAAAUGCACCCUGCUGAACGCCGCGUCGAGGACGACGUGCGAGGCUUGCUGCGGCUCGAAGCUCAAGAGCAUCAUGCACCUGGAGGACGCCACCUUGCGGAAGGGCGAGAGCUGGGUGUGCCCGUCGUGCACGCUGAGGAAUCCCCUGUCGGCGCAGAACUGCAACGCCUGCAAGACCUUGGCGGAUUUCCUGGAGGUGCCGAAGGACAAUCGGGCUCUGGGCCAACGGAGCCCGAGCCCGAGGCUCUGUCCGACUCCGGCGAAUUCUAAGGCGGUCACCCCGAGGCAUCGGAAUUCCGUGAGGAGGAACGGCUCGUCGGCGGGCGACAAAAGGCACUCGAGGACCAGGGACUCUUCACACGCUCAAUGGCAAUGUAAACUCUGCACGUACGAGAACAAAAGUACGAACGCCAUCUGCGAAAUGUGCCAAAGCUCGAAGUCGUUGUCGUCCCAAGUAUCCGGAGACAGGGGGAUAUCCAGGCUGAUCGAGUCGGGCACCAGUACCCUUAGAAUACAGCGGCAAGAGAGCGUGGUGAUGGAGAACCUCAGGCAGCUGGAGGAGAGAGAAGCGCUCGAAAAGUGGGAACGCAUCGUGCGAUACUGCAAAGAGACAAACGAGCCGUUCGUCGACGAUUCGUUUCCGCCUGCUCCGAAAUCCUUGUAUUAUAAUCCCGCGGAGACGAAGGAUAAUCACGUCGUCCAAUGGAGGAGGCCGCAUCAGAUUAACGUGGACUCAAGUGUCGAUUCUAAACUGCCUUGGGCUGUCUUUAGGACACCCUUACCUUCUGAUAUCUCGCAAGGUGUCUUAGGAAAUUGCUGGUUGCUGUCGGCUCUGGCUGUGUUGGCCGAGAGCGACGAGCUCGUGAGGAGAGUUCUGGUCAUGAGGGAGACGUGUCCCGAGGGUGCUUACCAAGUCCGACUGUGUAAGGAUGGCAAGUGGACGACGGUGCUCGUUGAUGAUCUACUACCCUGUGAUAAGAGAGGCCACUUAGUGUACUCUCAGGCGAAACGGAAACAGCUCUGGGUGCCGCUGAUCGAGAAAGCGGUUGCUAAGAUACACGGCUGUUACGAAGCCUUAGUAUCCGGCCGUGCUAUAGAGGGUCUAGCGACAUUGACCGGUGCCCCGUGUGAGAGCGUGCCUUUACAACCUUCAGCAUUGCCAAGCGAAGACGAACUCGACAGGGACCUAAUAUGGGCACAACUUUUGUCCUCGAGGCAGGCUAUGUUUCUAAUGGGUGCUAGCUGCGGAGGUGGUAAUAUGAAGGUUGACGAGGAGGAAUAUCAACGGAAAGGUUUGAGGCCGAGGCAUGCAUAUUCUGUCCUCGAUGUGCGCGAUGUACAGGGAAUACGGCUGUUGCGAUUACGCAAUCCUUGGGGUCACUACAGCUGGAAAGGGGACUGGUCGGACGAUAGCCCUAUAUGGACCCCGCAAUUACGGGAGAUGCUGAUGCCGCAUGGUGCUUCGGACGGUGUCUUUUGGAUAUCUUUUGACGACGUUCUCAAGUAUUUCGAUUGCAUUGACAUCUGUAAGACGAGGGUCGGCUGGAGCGAAGUGAGAUUACGCGGCACUCUGCCCCCGUUGUCGUCCCUCAGGCACUUGUCGUGCGUCCUUUUGACAGUAUUAGAGCCCACUGAAACGGAAUUUACGCUGUUCCAAGAGGGCCAAAGAAACUCGGAAAAAUCGCAACGUUCUCAGCUGGAUUUGUGCGUGGUGGUCUUUCGCACGAGGUCUCCGGCCGCCCCGGAAGUCGGUAGACUAGUGGAACACAGUAAACGGCAAGUGCGCGGCUUCGUCGGUUGCCACAAGAUGCUCGAGAGGGAUCUGUACAUCGUCGUGUGCCUAGCCUUCAAUCAUUGGCACACCGGAAUGGAAGACACGUCCAGUUAUCCGGAAUACGUUCUCGCCAUUCACAGCUCGAAGAGGCUUCUGGUUGAACAGAUCUCGCCGCCUGCCUUUGUUCUGGCCGAUGCUAUCAUCAGCCUAACACUGGCCAAGGGACAACGGCACGAAGGCAGAGAAGGCAUGACUGCUUAUUACCUAACCAAAGGAUGGGCCGGCUUAGUGGUAAUGGUCGAGAAUCGUCAUGUGAACAAGUGGAUUCACGUAAAAUGCGACUGCCAUGAGAGCUAUAACGUCGUGUCCACGAGAGGACAACUCAGAACUGCCGAUAGUGUUCCACCCCUUCACAGACAAGUCAUCAUAGUCCUAACGCAGCUGGAAGGUAGCGGAGGUUUCUCCAUAGCACAUCGACUCACGCACAGAUUAGCUAACAGUGGCAACCUGCAUGACUGGGGACCGCCUGAUACCCAACAUUGUCCCCAAAUCGAUACUCAGGUGGAAGGUUUGCACAGUCCUCGUUUGAUAACGUGAAACUAAGAACGUGAUGUACGGACGAAUAGUAGCGAGAUAAUCAGACCGAGGCUCUCCGGAGGAGACCGCUAGAAGAAGGUGCAGUCGAUCGUAAAAACCAGAUACGAUUCUUGCACACGCGACGUUCGAGAAAUUGACUGAAGAGAAAACCAAAGCAAAAGCUAGAAAGAUUUCAGAGUAAGACGUUCCGGCGACAUUAGGAUACUCUUUGUGCUUUCUAGCUGAUAAUAUUCCACGGAUGCUCUUAGCGUUGCAACAUGCUCACACAGCAUUGGACGUAAUACAAUAAGUAACAAUUAAUGUACAAUGGUUCUGGACCCAGUGAUUAAUGGUAGAGAUACCUUCUUUCGGAUAGACGGUGCGCCACGCACUUCGAGCUCGCGCUAAUGAGAGGAUGGGCAAACUUAAGGAAAAAAAGAAAAAGGAAAAAAAGAGAGAGAAAGAGAGAGAGAGAGAGAGAGAAAGAGAGAAAAGAAUAAAAUGAAACGUGCAAAUUAAGUGUUUCUGCUGGAACCAUUGAGCCGUAAAGAAGACUCAUGGAAAAUUGAAUAUUUAUGAAGAAACAAGUUGAACAUUUUGCUUGUUAUAUAAACGAAAAAAAAAUUAUUUUCUCAACUUAACGUUUAAGCAUCGUAAGAAAUACGACAAAACCUAAAGAUUACACAAUAAUAUAAUGUAAAAUGAGAAACCAUUUUAGGAGACACUAAGGAUGUGUGUGAACACCGUACACAUUGUUUUUGGAAUUGCUUAGAGUAUGUAGUACGAUUACGGAACGGGACAUUUCCAGUUUAGUCGACGUUUACACGCCGAUAUCUCUUAUUGCUGUACACGUAAGGCCGUAUUUUGAAACCCACAUUUGAGGGAACUCGAGUUCUUGGUUCUCCAUUUUUGACAUGUGCACGAUAUAAAUGAACAAAAAAAAAAGAGGAAAGAGGAAACGGGGGAAAAAAGAGGCUGGAUCCUUAUGCACGAGGGUUCUCAUGUAUCGACCGUAGUGGCAUAGGACCUUUAACUUAUCUAGACUUCGUUGUUCCCAUCUUGCAACCGGAUGGAGAGCUUGUGCUAAAAAAAAAAAGAAGAAAAAAAAACGAAAA